AAUAAUGAAAUGAAUGUGCGAUGUCUCUAAAGUUGGGGAUUUAUCUCAAACAGAGCAUUUAUGCAUUAAAAACUCUCCAUUAUGUCUGUCUCUCAUACUGAUUUUUGCUGUACCAGCUUGCAUCAGAGACAGUAGAGUGUCUUACUUUGACACAUUGACAGUUCCUCCUUUUGCCAGCUAUUGGGAUCUGCUAAACAUGAAGAAACUCUGAUUGAGUGAGUUUUAAUAUGUUGCAAGUUCUUUUACCACACAAGCUGUCAAUCAGAAAACCUGGAAACUGCACGCGCUGGAUAUCGGCGCAGGUAGUGGCAGCUGUGGGCCAGAAGACUGAGAUGCAAAUCUCUAUUGGAACAGGACCCUCAGGAUCUUGACCAAAGAACAAAUUAUCCAUAAACCCUGUUCCAGACAUUACCGACCAUCUACAGGCUUGUUUUUGGAAAAGGGCACCAAGGUUCUAAAAAAAAUCCUUGACCAAGGAUUACACCACCUGAAGGACACACUUGACAAGAGAUUUGUAUCUAUUUCUUAAAAAAAAAAAAAAAAAAAAAAAAAAAAACAUAAAAUCAUAAAUGUCAUUUCCAUAGUCUGAGUGUUUAUUGCGUGUGAGCGUGUAUGCGUUUGUGUUCAUGAGGCUACAAGGAGGCCUGGAGUACUGUUACACUGAUAGUCACCCCUUAUGCAUGUUUCAUCUGCUGGGAGGGGAACAGAGCCUUCCUUUGUUAUUUUAUACGUCCAAUCCACUGACUGAGUGCUCGCGGUAGGCCUCCUCUGCCCUGCUUUUACCCACCUCCACCAAUUCAUUCCCCUGUUCCUUCAUCCAAACACUUACAGGUGCCCUUUAUCAGUCAGUUGUGUAGCUCUUACAGGAAGAAAGAGUGUUGGAUUAUCAAUCGAUCAUCAGCCAAGGCCUUUGUCAAGAAAUCACACGUCUAUUCUCCUCAGAACUGGAUGUUCGACUUCUGACCAAGUAUAUUUUGGUUUGUGUAUUUUAAUAUAAGGUGGUGGGGCAGUUUUUUGGCUCCAUCAUUCAGAUACAACCAUAGGAACACUCUCAAAGAUUCUUGGUGCUUCGGAUCAACUCAACACCUCCAUUUGCUCAUGAUAGAACUAGCUGGGCAGUGUUCUGAUACAGCUUUUGGAAGACUCUCACAACCUUCAGGAUCAACCUAACACCUCCAUUUUCUCUUAAUAGAAGGCAACUUGGGAUUAUUUUUGUUUCAAAAUUCAGAUACAGCCUUUAAAAGACUCUUGCAACAUUGAAGACCUUCUGGAUCAACCUAACACCUCAAUUUCUUUUUAAUAUUAUGUAGCUGGCCAUUUCUUUUUCCUGCACCACCAUUCAGAUACAGCUAUUGGAAGACUCUCAAAGCCCUGUAGACUCUUCGGAUCAACCAGACGCCUCCAUUUCCUCUGAAUAGAAGGUAGCUGGGCUGUUUCUUUGCUUUGACGUUCAGAAACAGCCUUUGGAAGACUCCUGCAACCCUAAAGACCUUUUGGAUUAACCCAGCACCUCCUAACAUUUCCUCUUGUAUCUUUAACCCAGACAGCUUGCCAGUUAGCUUCUCAACUUCACUGGUGCCUCUUUCUUAUAGCAGGGUUAGAUAACCAGAGCGGCUCUGCUUAGCAUCUUAACGGUGAUCACAGCGGCAGGGGUGGUGAGCUUGGAGCAUGACUGACACCCUUCGGCCGCCUUCCCUCCAGGUGCAUGUCCCACGAGAUGAGCCCAGCCAUGGAGAUGAGGAGGGCGGCAGUGGAGGUCAGGACAGCCAUGUCUGGUCCAGCUCUUCCACCCCCACCCUGCGGCGCCGGCGGUUUAAGAUGAGACGAAUGAAAAAGUUGCCCAGCGAGCGGGAGCAAAUUGAAAAUGGGCUACUACGGCAACCAGAGUCACACUCAACUUCCAAAAAAUACCUUCAGCUUCCCUCCAUUGAGAUCACGCCAUCCAGUGAUGAGGAUGUGGCAUGGUCUAACAGCUCCACUCCAAGCGCCUCACCCCGCCGCAAACGCUUCUUGCUUCGCAAGUGGUUAAAGGUCCGAGAGAGGAAGGAGCAAGUCAGUGAAAGCAGCAGUCAGCAGAGCAGCCAGCAAAGUAGCCAUGAUGACGAUUCCAGCCGCUUCCUGACUCCCUUCAUCCGCGAGGAGAGCACUGCCAGUAACCGGAGUUCCCCUGCUUGCUCUCCGGUUCUGCGGAAGCGUUGUCAAUCUCCCAUUCUGCAGAACGUAGAGACAGAUAUCAUGGUGGAGAAAGGCUCAGAGCACUCGGACAUCUCCAAGUCUCCAUCCACCCCUGAGCAGCUGGUCACACGCACUUUCUCUGGGCAGUCAACACGAAGCGGGGCCAAGAACUCCAAGUCUCACAAGCGACUUUCCAAAAAAAGCCAGAGCUGGUACAACCAUGAGAGACAGCACAUCCUCCGAGUCCUCAGUCCCACAUAUAAGCAACGCAAUGAGGAUUUCAGGAAGCUGUUCAAGCAGUUGCCAGACACAGAACGUCUUAUUGUGGACUACUCAUGUGCUCUGCAGCGGGAUAUUCUCCUGCAGGGGCGCCUCUACCUCUCCGAAAACUGGAUCUGUUUUUACAGCAACAUCUUUCGCUGGGAGACGCUGCUUACAGUGCGGCUGAAAGAUAUCUGCUCCAUGACGAAAGAAAAGACAGCACGUCUAAUUCCCAAUGCCAUCCAGUUGUGCACAGACACUGAUAAGCACUUUUUAACAUCAUUUGGUGCGAGGGACAGGACCUACAUGAUGAUGUUCAGACUUUGGCAGAAUGCACUGUUGGAAAAGCCCCUCUGCCCUAAAGAGCUCUGGCACUUUGUACAUCAGUGUUAUGGCAAUGAGCUGGGUCUGACCAGUGACGACGAAGACUAUGUGCCCCCUGAUGAUGAUUUCAACACCAUGGGGUACUGUGAGGAGAUCCCAGCAGAAGAGAAUGAGGUCAGUAAUGAUAACUCAUCUAAGAGCAGUGGUGAGAACAAACCAGACAACAGUUCUCCUUCAGCACACAAGAGAUCCAUCACCCACUCUACCAUCACCUCCACUACUCCUCCCAGCAGCACUGAUACACCAUUGUCUUUUGACAUUUCUGCUGAGGAAUAUACAGACUGCCUUCCUGAUGGCGAUCUGCUGCCACUCCCUCUGCUGGCUGAGGAGGGGAACUGCGAACCAGUCAGCCCUCUGGGUCAUUUGCCCUCACCUGCCCUCGACUUCAAUGACAAUGAGGAUAUACCCACUGACCUCAGUGAUUCCUCAGAAACACAUGAUGAAGUUGUUGAAGUGCAAGCAUUUCAUGAGGAUCUGAACGGUCGUCAGUACAUUAACGAGGUGUAUAAAUUCAGUGUUGACAAGCUGUAUGCCAUUCUCUUCACUGAGUCCCAGUUCAUGACAGACUUUAUGGAGCAGAGGAGAUUCACCGAUGUGGUGUAUCACCCCUGGAAGAAGGAGGAUGCUGGAAACCAAACGAGGGAGAUCAUGUACACUAUCUCCCUGACCAACCCACUGGCCCCCAAAACGGCUACUGUUACUGAGACUCAGACCCUAUAUAAGGCCAGCCAGGAGAGCGAGUGCUACAUCAUUGACGCAGAGGUCAUUACUCAUGAUGUACCAUAUCAUGACUACUUCUACACCCUAAAUCGCUACAUGCUUACACGUGUGGCCAAGAACAAGUGUCGGCUGAGAAUUUCAACAGAGCUGAGGUACAAGAAACAGCCAUGGGGGUUGGUGAAGGGCUUCAUUGAAAAGAACUUCUGGAGUGGACUAGACGAGAACUUUAAAAGCCUCGAGCUGGAGUUGGCAAAGAUGGAGGACGCUAUAAUAGAUACCCACAGGCCAUCUCCUAAAGCUAAAGCAGUGAAGAACUCCUCCCUGAGGCGGAGAAAAAGACCCCUCACCCAUCUCCGCACGGCCCUUCUAGAUGAGACCCUCAGCUCUGUUACAACGCCAACAGACGAGGAGGUUAUCCACCGCAUCAAACACGUGGCAGGUUCCACUCAGACAAGACACAUUCCCGAGCACAUGUCAGGGGGCGGGGUUUUCUGCAACCUCUCCAAACCAUUAUUCUUCAUCAGCUUUGUUCUGGUGCUGCUGAUUUUCCUUAAUAUGAUGAUGUUCUAUAAACUCUGGAUGCUGGAGUACUCUGCUCAGAGCCUCACCAGCUGGCAGAGUUUACACCUACAUGAAAGCAGUAAACUACCACAGACACAAAUGGAAUGGGCACAGCUCUUAGAGUCCCAGCAGCGAUACCAUGAUGCAGAGCUGCAGAAAUGGAGAGAGAUCAUUAAAACAUCAGUACUGUUAUUGGAUCAGAUGAAGGAAUCCUUGCUGAGCCUACAGAAAGGCUUGGGUCUGCGAGAUUAUAACUCAGACUCAGAAGAGAAGAGGAGUUGAUAUUACUGACAAUUACCCUCCAGGCCACCAGGGCACGCUGUGCAAUGUAGAGCCACGUAUGUGAGUUUGUGUCUACAGAUGUGUAUACUACACCACAAAAGGCAAAAAACAAAGGGCCCAUUUGUGUGUGAAUGACUAUGCAUACCAAUCAAAUGAUACCAGAGAUACCAGAAGAAGAGAUGGACCAUCUGGUGAUACUAGUGGACAGUCAACACUUGGCCCCAUCCUAGAUCAUGACAGGAAAUGCAGCCAUAUCUGUCUCGUGAAAUCAUGGGAAGGUUGCAGUCCGAGUUCGCAAAUAUGGGCUCAUCACUGUUCCGGUGUUUUCUUUCGGGAUCUCUUUCAGAGGAUGUGUCACUGCAUGCUUUGGCCAGAGGAAUGGAAAAUGCAAUGGGACUGAGGAGGAAUGCACUGAAAAUGAAGAGCACAUUGUUUUAAUUUUGAAUCCUCUCAGCCCUCCUUGCUUUUGAAGUGGCUUUAAUUUUAUUGGAUUAUUGGGACACAGAUGAGGAAAUAUUUUGUAUUUUAGUCAGUAGGGCGUGGUUUUCCUGGUUUGACCUGCAAAGGUAAAGCUGCCAUGUCCCUUUUCCUAUUUGAGACUUUUUCCAAGACAUUAAACAGUCUAGUUCACUAUAGCUGUAGUAUCAGGGCUGGUUUCCUUGAUAAUCCUGACCUAGAAGGUUUUGUGUUGCAAUUCACUGCAGCAUUCAACGCAUUCAUGUGCAUUGCCAAAAUACCGUACAGUUUCUGCAAAAGGGCCACUGACCUAAUCAGAAACCUUACAUUUCUGUGAAGUGUGCAUUAUUUAGUCGUGCUGUGUUAUGCUGGAAUUACACCAUGACAGGCCAGUGAAUAACUGUAUAAAGGGACACUGCAGCUAGGAAGUUGGAAGAAUUGUAUGUUUGUGUUUGAUUACUAAACUGUGAUAUCUCCAGAUUUAUUUGAAGAUGUAGAAAAUGAUACAAAUAUGUUCAAAAAGUAUACUUUUAUUCAAAAUUUAAUAUAUAUUUCAAUAUAUAAAUAUAGAGAUCAUUGCAAAUAUUUAUUGUUAAUUUAUGUACAUAGAAAACUUAUCAAAGCUCUAGACAGGCUGAAGAGUUCAUAAUUAUUAAAACUGCGAUUUCUUCAACAUGCACAAGCACGUUUGAGACGUGACUUUUGUGUGUGUGGGUGUGUGGUCAGCAUAUACCCAAGUGGUCCAUUUUGGUGAAUGUACAGUGUGUACAACUGUGUUCAUGUGAUAUUUUAAAUCAUUCCACUUUGUAUGUUUUUGUGUCUUCCUCCCGGCACAUGAAGCCAAACUGCCUUUUUCUUGCCCAGCAGCUCAGACCAGUGGGCGUCUUUUUACACUUCUGCCUGGCUUCAGAGAGUGAUCUAAAAUUACUAUGUUUUGACUCGGCCCAAACCCGUGCACACACACUUUUCCUGCUGUGGCACCGUUUUUGUUUGGGAUGAGUGUCUUGACAAGCAAGCACUGCAGGAAAUGGUAGUACUAGCUUCUUGAAGUUCACUGAAAUCUGAUGAACUUGACCAGGGUUUUUCAAACUGUAGGCCACAGGAGGGUGCAAAAGCGUGCUAGGGGUUCUGAAGAAAUUUUUAGAUAAAAAUAAUAAUAAACAAUGUAUUUAUUUUUAACAGUAAAGCCACAGUUACACUAGGCUUUGAGCAUGUGAAAUUGUUUCGGACAUCGCAACGGACAGGAUAUAAUGUCACGCUCAAGGGCUUCUGGUUUUUAAUUAAUAAUGUAUCAUAAAUAACAAAUAAAAUUAGAUUCAGAUUGUUCAAAUAAAUAAAAAAGAAAUCUGUCCUUUGAAUAGUUGCUAUGAUUUCUAUUAUAAAAAUAAUGCUAUACAAACACAUUUGAAUUUAAAUUAAAAUGUUCUUUUGUCAGGUUUAUAUGUCUAGCAUCCAGAUUUUUUUUUUUUUUCAUAAAAAAAAAAAUAUUAAAAUUAUUUUUCAAUCAUUUAUUUGACAACAAAUAACUGUAAACCCUAAAAUUUAAUAACUGCUUUGAGUAGGGAAACAUUUAUUCAUACAAACUAGUUUGAAUAAAUUAAGGCUGAUGAGUAUUUAGAACUUUCUUUUGAGUUCUCAAAACUUACACCUAUUCAGUAACUUGAAUUGUUUCAUUGUUUUGAGUUUAAUGAACUUGUCUCUUUAAAUUUACAGGAACUUUUAACUGAAACUAGGCAGGGGAUUAUAAUUCCCCAGCAUGCUUUUCAUUGCACUCUACAGGGAGAGUAAAUGUUAAAAUUAAGUGUUAUUUAAUGUGUCUUUGUGCAAAAUACAUGCAAAGGGGGACUUGUUAUUGUUUAAUGUUUUGUGUUAUUUAGAAGAGUUUCUGUUAUGUUGUUGGGGGGUUACCAUUAUGGUGAAUAGUGAAGCCUGAGCUUAGGUUGAGGACAGGUAAGUCUAAGAUGCUAUGCUAAUCAAAGCAUGCUUCCAAUUAACAUUAAUUCAGCAUGCUAGUAUAUGCUGUACUAAUUAGUUAGAGUCCUGUACUUGAAGUACUUAAUUUGAGCCUACAUGUUAAUUUUAAGUUCAGCCAAAGAGUUACAUUUAAAGUUUAGCACCAUAAAAAAUGUGAGAUAGCUUACACAGUAUUUUAAAUCAAGAGCAAAUAACAUGCAUGUGAAAUACAAAAUCUGAUAUUUCUUUUGACUUAAAGUUGGGAGUUAAUCAAUCAACUACAAAAAAAAAAAAAAUUAUGUAACUGAUUGCCUCUUUAUACAUGGGGGAAAAAAGUUGCCUUUUUAUUUUAAGGAGGUCCAUUACAAGGAAAUCGUCAUUAGGAGGUCCUUUUCAUCAAAAAGUUUGAAAACACUUGAUCACCUUUAAUUUAGCUAAAAGCCCCUUUUUGUCAUCUGUUGAAUUGGUCAAAUGAAAGAAAACUUAUGGAUGAAAGGUGGUGAUACACCUUUUUUUUUAUAGAGCAUUAGUGCUCUAGCCUAAACCAAAUAAAGUAUUUAUAGAAGGUAGAAUUUAUUUAUAUGUGAAAUGAAAUUGUUCCCUUUUAUACAGAAUUAGGUCAAUGUAAAAAAUUCUCAUGAUGAUGAUGGAGAGAUGUGGCACUUUAUGUCCAGACAUUGUUGUUACUAUACAGUUGAAGUCGGAAGUUUACAUACACUUAGGUUAAAGUCAUUAAAACUCAUUUUUUAAUCACUCCACAGAUUUCAUAUUAGCAAACUAUAGUUUUGGCAAGUUGUUUAGGACAUCUGCUUUGUGCAUGACACAAGUACUUUUUCCAACAAUUGUUUACAGACAAAUUGUUUCACUUUUAACUGACUGUAUCACAAUUCUAGUGGGUCAGAAGUUUACAUACACUAAGUUAAAUGUGCCUUUAAGCAGCUUGGAACAUUCCAGAAAAUGAUGUCAUGCCUUUAGGCAAUUAGCUUCUGAUCGGCUAAUUGGCUAAUUGGAGUCAAUUGGAGGUGUACCUGUAGAUGUAUUUAAGGCCUACCUUCAAACUCAGUGCCUCUUUGCUUGACAUCAUGGGAAAAUCAAAAGAAAUCCGCCAAGACCUCAGGAAAAUAAAAUUGUGGACCUCCACAAGUCUGGUUCAUCCUUGGGAGCAAUUUCUAAACACCUGAAGGUACCACGAUCAUCUGUACAAACAAUUGUACGCAAGUAUAAAGACCAUGGGACCGCACAGCCAUCAUAUCACUCAGGAAGGAGACGCAUUCUGUCUCGUAGAGAUGAACGUAGUUUGGUGCGAAAAGUGCAAAUCUAUCCCAGAACAACAGCAAAGGACCUUGUGAAGAUGAUGGAGGAAACAGGUAGACAAGUAUCUAUAUCCACAGUCAAACGAGUCCUAUAUCAACAUAACCUGAAAGGCUGCUCAGCAAGGAAGACGCCACUGAUCCAAAACCACCAUAAUAAAGCCAGACUACAGUUUGCAAGUGCACAUGGGGACAAAGAUCUUACUUUUUGGAGAAAUGUCCUCUGGUCUGAUGAAACAAAUAUUGAAUUGUUUGGACAUAAUGACCAUCAUUAUGUUUGGAGGAAAAAGGGUGAGGCUUGCAAGCCAAAAAAACACCAUCCCAACCGUGAAGCAUGGGGGUGGCAGUAUCAUGUUGUGGGGAUGCUUUGCUGCAGGAGGGACUGGUGCACUUCACAAAAGAGAUGGCAUCAUGAGGAAAGAAAUAUAUGUGGAUAUAUUGAAGCAACAUUUCAAGACAUCAGCCAGGAAGUUAAAGUUCGGUCGCAAAUGGGUCUUCCAAAUGGACAAUGACCCCAAGCAUACCUCCAAAGUUGUGGCAAAAUGGCUAAAGGAGAACAAAGUCAAGCUAUUGGAGUGGCCAUCACAAAGCCCUGACCUCAAUCUGAUAGAAAAUUUGUGGGCAGAACUGAGAAAGUAUGUGUGAGCAAGGAGGCCUACAAACCAGAUUCAGUUACUCCAGUUCUGUCUGGAGGAAUGGGCCAGAAUUCCAGUACCUUAUUCUGAGAAGCUUGUGGAAGGCUACCCAAAACGUUUGACCCAAGUUAAACAAAUUAAAGGCAAUGCUAUACUAACAAAGUGUAUGUAAACUACCGACCCACUGGGAAUGUGAUUCUCUCUACUAUUAUUCUCACAUUUCACAUUCUUAAAAUAAAGCAGUGAUCCUAACUGACCUAAGACAUGGAAUGUUUUCUACGAUUAAAUGUCAGGAAUUGUGAAAAACUGAGUUUAAAUGUAUUUGGCUAAGGUGUAUGUAAACUUCUGACUUCAACUGUAUGUCAGCUGGCACAUACAGUAUAACACUCCAGCUAGAAACAAGAUGGUGUUGUAUUAAUGAAUGUAUCUAAGAAAGAUCUGUCUUUUUCCAAGAAAGGCAUCUUCAUUUAUUUUAAAUGUAACUAAAAUCAUGAACCAUAUUCCAGAGUCCAGCACUUUGGAAUAUGAUGGAGUUUUUGGUGCAAAUCUUUCAAAUCAGUCUUAGUGUUGCUCUGUGGGCAGGCAUUUUAUUCCAGAAGUGAGAUUUGUUGCAGUUGAGGAACUGAGAUAUUUACAGUUUUGACAAUUUCUCUCACUGCUUUUUUCACUCUUUAAAAAAAUAUUUUAAUACAUUUGAAAAGCUUGACAUCUAGGCCUUAGUUGCGCUAAGAGUUUCUUUUUUUUUUCUUUUUUUUUAGCAUCAGAGUGCAUCUGUAUAGAUUGUUGGUGUGUAUUCUGCAGUAUGGUUUUAAUCACUUUUCACUUUGUGUGUAGAUAAGGGAUGGAUUGGUUGCUUAUGGUUUGGUAUUUUGGAACUGAUGCACGCUACUGUGAUUGAUCAAGCAAAACGCUGUCACAAUCAUGUUCAUUGUACUGUAUGUGUGUGCAUGUCCGAAUGCCUCGUGUGAAAUUACUGUAUGUUGUUUUUUGUUUUCGUUUUUUUGCUUUUUUUCCCACCUUUGUGGACCACCUAUUCUCUUAUGCUAAAAAAAACCCAAAAGAAGAUAAUUUACUUACUGUUGAAUCUACUGGAGCAAAACACAACUUAAUUAACAUUCAGCCUCAUUAUUUUGCUCAUAUGCAGCAACUUCCUUAAAGCAUUUGAACAAAGAUGUGACCAAGUUCGCAUUUUACAGCUGAAAAAUUUGCUGUCACAACUAGAGAGAUGAAUACUCAAUUUAGCAAUCAAAGUUAUGUUGACCAAUGGUGAUUAAAAAAACUAUCCAGGCUCAAUGCAAAGGAAAGAUAUUGCUCUAAAUUAUAUUUCAUAUCAUACUCAGAGCAUUAGACCAUGUGCUAUCAGAUUUGGGUAUCCAUGGAAAUGCAAACCAACAUAAUUUCCACUGUAACUCCAUGAUGGACAUAGCAACUGUAUCCAAGCACAUAUUUUUAUGUCACAAACUCUCACUAAAUCAACUGUUUAUUUUCUUUAUUUUCUUCGUUUUAGAGCUGUUUUUAUCUCUAAAAUGGGCUGAUUUGUACUUGAUUCCAUAUGCAGUGUAUGUAUAUGACGAUAUCUGCAGUGUUCACUGACAUAGGAAGAAAAACUGUGCUGUGCACAGUUUUCCACUCUACAAACCACUUUGUCUAAUAAAGACUCAGAUUCAGUGGCUUUCUGAUCUAUGUGAAGUAGACAGAUUAAAAAGAAUAAUAAAAAAUACUGGUAAAACA